AUGUACAGCUUCAUGGCAGGGGGGCUUUUCUGCGCCUCGGUGGGGAACAUCCUGCUGGUGGUUUGCACGGCCACUGACUACUGGGUGCAGUACCGGAUCCAGGGGGCCCUGGCCCACCAGGGCCUCUGGCGCUACUGUCUGGCGGGCAAGUGCUACAUGCAGAUGGAGAACAUUGCCUACUGGAACGCCACCCGGGCCUUCAUGAUCCUCUCUGCCCUGUCGUGCUUCGCUGGCAUCAUCACGGGGAUCUUGUCCUUCGCCCACCGAUCCACCUCCGAGAGAUUCAACCGGGCGUUUGCUGCCGGGAUAAUGUUCUUUGUCUCCACGCUCUUCGUCCUGCUGGCCAUGGCUGUCUACACCGGAGUCACCGUCAACUUCCUGGGCAGGCGGUUCGGGGACUGGCGCUUCUCCUGGUCUUACAUCCUGGGCUGGGUCGCGCUGCUCAUGACCUUCUUCGCAGGGAUAUUUUACGUGUGCGCGUAUCGGAUGCACGGAUGCCAGCGCGUGGCUGAGACGCGUUAAACCCUGCGUGGUGGCGCCGCAGCGAAUCGAGCCACGAGUGAUACCUCGCCAUUCCCCUCCCCCAGCCUUCCAGCGACCCGCAACGGGACAUCCCCGUAGCAAACGCCCUCCGUUCGUUUCAUCGGCUUCCAGGCCAGCUUCCUCCUUCGGCGCUCGGUGCUGGACCAGCCCCCUGCCCCCAGCCGCUUUAGAAUCAAAUCAGACAAAGGGAACCAUCGGUUACCCCACGUUUUCCAGUCUGGGGGAAACCGAGGCACGGCGAGAUGGGCUGACCUGCCCAGUGUCACGCAGGAACACAGCAGCAGUGCUGGGAAUUGGAACCCAGGUGUCCUGAGUUCCCGGCGGGACCAUCCUUCCUUUAG